UCGCUAUCAAUAAGAACGGUGUCGCAAGCAACGUACAGCCAGUGGAACAUUUCCAAGUCGUGUACAAGGCACGGCCAGUGUUGCGGAAAACACCUCUGCAUUAUAAGUUCGAGAUGGGAGUUAUGAAGAUCGUCUUCCUCGCCGUGACCGUUUUCGCAGUCUCAGUCACUGGACAGUUCUGUAACUUUGACCAUGACUUCGUCAGCGAGUGCGGCUACGACAACGAUCCCUCGGCGCCGAUGGACUGGGAGCAGUAUGACGGACACAGCCAUGGGCACGGGCACGUCCAGAUCACAGGCAGUGGGCCCACGCAGGACCACACGCACCAGGGAGGACACGGACACGGGUGGUUCAUGAUGUCCAACUGCGCGAACAACUUCCCUGGCGAUGAAGCCAGGCUGGUGAGUCCCAUGAUGAUGGGCACCGCCGUGUUGGACUUCUGGUACAACAUGAAUGGCGGGGACCUGGACUUGUCCGUGUACCUACUACAGGGGGGACAGGAGGUGCAGGUCUUUAACAGACAGGACAUCGACUCUCUCCUCUGGAUGCACGCUACCAUCCCCCUCAAUCCACCCAACUUUGACGAACCGUACCAGAUUGUGUUCGAGACCGUCCGGGGGACAGACCGGCUGUGUCACGUGGCUAUCGAUGACGUCAACAUCAAUAUAAUCGCUACACCAACGCCGCCCACUGCGGCUCCUACCACGGCGGGUCCCACAACCUUACCUCCAUCUGCCGCGCCAGAAACCCAACCGCCUUCGGCCGGUCCCGCUACGGCCGGUCCCGCUACGGCCGGUCCCGCUACGGCCGGUCCCGCUACGGCCGGUCCCGUUACGGCUGGUCCGCUCCAACCCCUAACCACCAAACCGGACACCGCGACCGACACGGUGCCAGCUACCCCUGAUCAGCAAACCGACAAGCCUGUGACCGCUAAACCUACCGACGCUGUCGCUGAUACAACCCCUGAACCAACCACAACGACCACAACUACAACUCCCGAACCCACAACCCCAGAACCUACAACGAUCACAACUACAACCCCUGAACCAACAACAACGACCACGACCACAACCCCCGAACCAACCACGACCCCUGUACCCCCAACAACGCUCCCUCCCGGCAUGACCAUUAACUGCAACUCUGAUGUCAUCCAAGUCGUCAUCCUGAGGAGUGCGGCUCCGCACCUGGACGAGCAAACCACCCACCUCAAUGACCCGACAUGCCUCGCGACCGUCAACGACACCCAUCUCGUGUUUGAGACACCUCUGGGCGGAUGCGGAACCACUCGACAGGAGACUGAGAAUUACAUCAUCUACUCCAACUCGGUCGAGCAGAUCGUCAACGUGGUCGAUGGCAGCGAGAUCACGUUUACCGGAAAUCUCGACUUCCACUGCGCCAUGUCUCGCGAGAGGUUGGUGACCGGCGUGUUCCAACCUGAUGGCGGGAAAAUGGCUCGGUUGCAGUACGAUCCCUUCGCUUUCGGCGAGUACGACAUCGAGAUGAAAUUCUACCAGUCUAGCGCUUACCAGACAGAACUGGGGUCCCCUGUCAACGUCCCCAUCGGAGACACCCUCUACGUGGAGACUCGCCUGACGUCGUCGGACUCGAACCUGCGCAUCAGGGCCACGCGCUGCGACGGAACCACCACCACCGACCCCACCAGCCAUCCCCAGUAUUACGUCAUCGACAACAAGUGUCCUACGGACGGUAAUGUGGUCCAGCUGCCCUCCCCAUCCCCGGCGGUGGAGCGGUUCAGCAUGAGGGCCUUCCAGUUCCUCUCCGCUGCUGGCUCGCCGCACUACCUCCACUGUUACGUGCUGGUCUGCAAUGCCGCAUCUCCCAACAGCCCUUGCGAGGACGUCUGCGCCAGAUCCCACCCAAUGGCACGCCGAGAAGCCCCUAACCCUCAAGAAGUGCGCCUGUCGGUAGAGAUACCGGCGAGGAACGUCAAGCUCUACGGCAUCCUCUUCGUGGCCGCCGCCAUGGCGGUGGGAGUGAUCGCGCUCGUCGGAACAGCCCUUGCCGUUCGCCGUUACCGAAAGAACCCUCACCCCACCGAGGAGAUCGACAUGUAAACCUUUGGCGAUAGGGCCUCGCAACUGUGACGACGCUGUUCUGUAAAAAUUCGUGAUAACAAGUUUGUAAUUAAGCUGAUGCCACUGUCACUACAACGGGCCCCUGAUACGUAUGUUACGUCACUAGGCAUUUGUUUAACAAGUGUCGUUCAUCCAAUAAAGUAGUGACAAUAAACCUA